GAAGCUUAUUUAUUAAGUAUUAUUAAGAUGCUAAAUAAAAAGGGUUAAAACAGUAAUUCAAAACAAUCAAUAUUUUAAUAUAAUCUUAAAUACGUGGUUGAGAAUGUCAAACUGUUGCUUUUCGGUCCCAAUGCACAGUAAUUGAUGGAUACACACAAGUAAACAAUACAUUGUGUAUUCCAUGUGUUCAAAAUGGCGGCCAUAUGCAAUCAGUCACGUGAUUAAAUAAAUAUCAUAAGCUGCAAAACCAUGCUUCCAAAACGUUGCCAGUCAUUUCGAACAAUAAAUGUCAUUUAUAUUAUGCAAUUACGUUUUACAGUUAGUAUACAGAUGAUGCAUAUCCAGGGGGAAAAGAAAUAAAAAUAAAAUGGCGAAUAUCGCGCCAUUCCAAUAUGGCGGCCAAUCAGUGAUCGAGAAAGCUUCAAUAAGGAAGCGUACCGUUUCUUCCUCUUUCUCCAUUCCGGUUGGCAUCUGAGGCACCGAUCGGUUGAUCGUUGCAAAAUCUGGAAGGUCAGGUUAAAGAUGAAAGUGGCAAUUAUUCCUGGAAAUGGAGCUGGAGAUGUAUUCAUGGCAAAUUGGUAUGGCUGGGCACAUGAAAAAAUCAACAGACUACCUGGUGUGACAGCCGACCUCCGUAACAUGCCUGAUCCAAUAACUGCUCGCGAGAAUAUCUGGAUACCAUUCAUGCGUGAUAAAAUGUCAUGUGACGAAUCAACAAUUAUCAUUGGACACAGCUCUGGGGCUGAAGCUGCCAUGAGAUUUGCAGAAAAAUACAAAGUCAAAGGUAUCAUACUAGUCUCGGCCUGUGUCACCGACCUUGGUGAUGAAAAUGAGCGGGAGAGUGGGUACUACAACCGACCUUGGGAAUGGGACAAGAUCAAGACAAACACAGAGUUUAUAGUACAGUUUGGAUCGACAGAUGACCCAUUUAUUGAAUGGGACGAACAUCAGCAGGUUGCAGAUGGACUUCAACCCGAAUUUCACAAGUUUUCUGAUAGAGGACACUUCAUGAAUUCUGUAUUUCCUGAGCUGAUCAAUGUUGUUAAAUCAAAAUUGUCUUGAAAAACAAACAAAACAGUCAAUUUUUAUCACACUGCUUUACAUUUAGUGAUUUUACCAAUUGUCACUGACCAGCCAACUGGUGUGAGAAAAUGUUAGGUAUGACUACUGGGUAAGAUCAGUGAGAACUAUGGUAUGGAAAAAGUUUGAAUUAAAGCAGUUUGAAAAGA